ACUUUCAUUGUGAAAAUAAAAUUUUGUAAUGGCCGCGCCACGGGACAAUAAACAAUUUAUAAAUAAAAAUCAAUUUUACUCUUAAAAAAUGUCUUUUCCCAUCAAAUCGAAUUGUAAAACAACAAUAUCUACAACCUUCAAACAUUUGCCAUUAGUUAAGUGCUUUUAACUACGCUCCAUUAUCCCUAAAAUUCUUUAAAAAAGAAUUCCAACUCCAUGGCAUCGAACUAGACGACGAAGAAGAAGAAAGAAAAAAGAAAACUAAAGUUUUAAAACAAAAUCAAAAAUGGUGCAUCGCACCCUAUAAACCGAGUUUUUCAAAGUUAUUUUUGUAAUAAAAUGUUUAUUCUACUGUGAUUGUUUUAUUUUAAUGUGAAAACAUUUGAACUCGAUUGAGCAAAGUGUUUUAUUUUGUGUGUGUGUGGAAAUAAAGAGAGAAUAAAAAGAACGCCAGGAAAAUGAUAACAUACAAAAAUGCUGCUGGCAUUGGUCAGGUUUCACCUGCAAACGCGACAACGAACAACGCAACCCCUGUGAAGGCGUUCGUCAACAAUCCCCAGAUGCAGCAACAAAUCGUCAACAUUCAGAAUCUGCAGAACCUGCCGCAUCAGUUUAUUCAGGCGGGCAACCAGACAGUGAUCCAGAAUCCGGGUGCCAACAACAUGUUCUCGAUUGUGCAACCGAUGCAGACGGUGACCAUCGACGGGCAGGAGGCGUUCUUUAUUCCGAACAUCAACUCGCAGCUGGCUGGGGCGCAGCCGAUCAACUUCAAUGGCCAGCAGGCGUUCCUCGCUCCAAACGGCCAAAUUAUCCGCGCUCCAAUGCCCACUGCGACCAACAAUACCGUGCUUCCCGCUCAAUUCAUCCAGAAUCUGGGGCAGACGAUGCAACUGUCCGGCCAAGCAACAACGAACGGGGAAAACGGAGAGGCUAUGCUCACCAUUCCCGGCACCAACAUCCAGAUUCCGAUCGCCCACCUGACCAACGCGAAUGCGGGCAAUAGUCAGAAUGCAGCAGCGGUUCAGGCAGCACAGCAGCAAUCCCAACAGCAACAGCAGCAGCAGGGACAGGCGCAAUCGCCGCAGUCCUCCGCUCAGGCUCAGAAUCAGGCUAACCAACAAGCGGCCCAAGCUACGACCCUUCCUGCCACCAUAACCAUACCCGGGACGAAUAUCCAGAUUCCGACUUCUAUGGCCGCGGCAAAUGGAUUGCUGGGCAACAUUGGCAAUCUGUUGGGUCAGAAUUUGAACACCAUCAAGGUUGAGGGUCAGAAUAUUCAGCUUCGUCCGGCGGGCACUACAAUCCCGCAUGUGGUACAGUUUCCAUCGGCGCCCAUCUCUCAAACGGUCGCUGUCCAAAUUCCCAUUCAAACGGCUAAUGGACAGACAAUUUACCAGACGGUUCACGUUCCCGUUCAGCAACUGGGAAUGCCCGGCUUGGUGCAGCAGUCGCCGCAGAUGCAAAUUAUUCCCCAGUUUACGCAGUUCGCAAAUGUCAUAACUCCCAACGGACAGAUCCAGCAGGUGCAGUUGUCGCCCAUAAACCCAAUGGCCCUGCAUGCUGCCCAGCAGCAUCAGAAUGUCAUUAUCAAUCCAGCGAAUUUGCAGAACGUUGCGGCUGCUGCGGCUGCCGCAGCUAACCAGAAUAAUAGCUCGCAAGGUGGGCAGCAGGGAAAUAACUCUGCAGCAGGAGGAUCAGGCAACGAUCAACAGCAACAAGCCAAUCAUAGCCAACAACAGGCUCAACAAGAAGCAAAUGCCGCCGCUGCUCAGCAACAACAACAACAGCAACAGCAUCAACAACAACAACAGCAGCAGCAGCAACAACAACAGCAGCAGCAGCAACAACAACACCAGCAGCAACAACAACAGCAGCAGCAGCAACAACAUAAUCAGCCCAUUACGAUAACAAAUGCACAUGUCCAGCAGUUGACGGUGAUUCCAGCUCAAGCAUUACAGCAAUUUCGACCAGCCGCGCAAGCUAAUAACAGCAAUAUAAUUCAUCUGCCAAAUAUACCUGGCCUUCAGGCGUUGCCGAUACAAAAUAUUCCCGGAAUUGGAAACGUUCAAAUAAUCCAAGCACAUCAGCUGCCACAAAAUCUUCAGGGAUUUCAGAACUUUCCUGGUGCGCAGGUAAUUUCAGCAAAUGUUGCUCAGCAGAGCAGUAAUCAGCAGAAUCAGCAGCAACAAGCACAACAGCAGCAUCAGCAAGUCAUUUUAACGGCUUCAAAAAACGAGGCUCAGUCCCCUCCUCAAAUAACCCAGGCGCUUAUCGCCAAUAUUAAGCAGGAACCGCCAGAUAUAAAAUGGAUAACAGCCACAGCAGCUACUCCUCAACAGCAACAGCAAUUACAACAACAAUUGCAGCAGUUACAAGCAGCCCAACAGCAGCAACAGCAGCAGCAGCAUCAACAGCAACAACAACAGCAGCAGCAGCAACAACAACAGCAGCAGCAGCAACAACAGCAGCAGGCACAAGCGCAAGCGCAUGCACAAGCGCAAGCGCAAGCUCAAGCACAAGCACAUCAGCAGCAACAAGCACUUCAACAAAGUGCAAAUGCGAAUAUAACGGUAACGGAGGUUUCUUCACCAAGUCCAGAUGAAGUUGCUUCGCCACCUCAAAGCCAGCUGCAAAAUACUCAGCCCACUUUCACCACAGUAUCUGUGGGCAAUACGAGCAUAAUGCAGAUUCCGGCGUCUAGUUCAACGUCUGGACAUCACCAGCAAGUGCAGCAACAGCAACAGCAACACACGCCAAACACUCAAGCGUCGAGUCAUCACCAACCCCAACAAAGCCAGACUUCUGUGAACGUCAAUAUAAGCGUCAAUGAUGGAUCGAGUGAGACAAAGCCACGACUUAAGCGCGUAGCUUGCACUUGCCCCAAUUGCAAAGAAGGUGAAAAGCACUCCGACCGCAAGAAGCAACACAUCUGCCAUCACCCCGGCUGCAACAAGGUCUAUGGUAAAACCUCCCAUCUGAGAGCCCAUUUGCGAUGGCACACUGGCGAACGCCCCUUUGUCUGCUCGUGGCUGUUUUGUGGCAAACGCUUUACACGAUCCGAUGAAUUGCAACGCCACCGCCGUACUCACACCGGCGAAAAGCGUUUUCAAUGCAGAGAAUGCAACAAAAAGUUCAUGCGCAGUGACCAUCUCUCCAAGCACAUCAAGACCCAUUACAAGUCGUCGCGCUCGCAGCUCGACAUGGUGGAAUCAUCCAUUAAAGAAGAAAAAGAACUCGAAGGCCUCGUGGCGGGUUUGGGCCAUAUGACAGGUGCAAAAACCAUAACCAGCUCCAAUGGCAUUGUAACGAUCGAACUACCAUCGGUUGCAGGCUCAACCAGUGAUAUGGGCGGUACACUCAGCCAAUCGCCGGAGCCAUCCACGGACGGCAGCUGCCCAGAGGACGACAGCGGUGACGAGGAAAAGAUGAUGAUCACCAUUGGCGAUAUGCCCGAUAUGGUUGGCGAGAAUUCCAACUAGCAUACGGGCACCCUGUUCAUGGAACAGUUUGGGAAUUUCGACUCCAGUGGCAAAUUUACCUUCGAAGAGUUUUAAAAAAACAAACGCGCUCAAUCUCUGCGCCCGCUCCCUGUCAGUCCUCUGUGUACAUAUUUUUGCAUAAAUCAAAUAUUUUCUUCUUCUAUUUUAUUUUCAAAUAGACUUUGACUGUACUUAUCCUCCCCAACCCCCAACCUCCAACCCCCAACCAACCCCGUUUGCUUGUAAUGUAUCAUAAAAUAGAUUAAGAAUAAAACAUGAUCGUUUAAUUGCGACUGUUCGUACCAAGUGAGUUAUAAAAGAAACAACAGAAAAUGCUGGCACUUUUGUGCUACAUCCUACAUUGUACAUGUAAUUUUAUUAAUAAUUUAUAUAUUAUUUUUUACUUCAGACUUAAGUGUAAAAAAUGAUUAGAUCAAUGAUUUUGUUUUUUAAAAAAUUACAUUUAUAAAUAUGUAAAUCAAUACAUAACAAAAAUAUAUAUAAUUAAAAUUACUUAAAAAAAGAUUAUAAGUUAAACUAUAGUAGCUCGUUCGCAAUUAUUUCUUUAUUUUACAACAAUAACAACAACAACAAAAACCAUACGAGCGAUUUUAGAAAAUUACGAACUGUAUAAACAAAAUAAACUUUUUCUUUUCUUUAUAAAUUCAAAUUAUUAAAUAAAAUAAGAGAAAGAUAGAAAAAAAUAAUAAUACAUCAAUUACGCAACGCAAUUGAUGGUUAUUCUUUAAGUUUAACUGUUUUAAUAAAAAAAAAAAGAAGAAAAGAAAUAAAAAGAAAAACAAAACAAAACAAAAAAAGGUGGAUAUCGUUAGCUCAUGUAUGAUUACAUAUAUUUUUAGUUGGUGUAACGUAUAAAUAAAGUAAUAAUUACUAAACAACAA